AUGCAGUACCUCAAUGGACCCCCUAGGGGUCACGGACCCCCUGUUGAAGACCUCCGCUUUAAACCUUAUACCGGUGUGGUUUUUCACUACCGAGCCAGCUCCAGCCGCUACUCUCUGGACUUUACUGAAGCACAGGAGGCGUGUCGCUCUGUAAACGCCUCCAUCGCCACACCUGCACAGCUGACUGCCGCCUACCAGGAUGGCUUGGAUCAGUGUGAUGCAGGCUGGCUCGCUGACCAGUCUGUCAGGUAUCCAAUCACCAGGUCUCGUCCUGGCUGUGAGGGUAACCUUCUGCAGCGCCCAGGUGUACGAACUUAUGGCCGCCGGGACCCCACAGAGAGAUACGACGUGUACUGCUUCGUAGAUAAACUGCAGGGUGAAGUCUUCUAUCCAUCCUCCCUCACUGAUAAGAUCACCUGGCAGGAGGCAAAGGAGGAGUGUGAAAGGCAUGACGCCGUGCUAGCGUCCCCUGGUCAGCUGCACGCUGCCUGGAUGGCGGGGCUAAACCGCUGUGACUAUGGCUGGUUGUCUGAUGGCAGUGUUCGAUACCCCGUCACUGUGCCCAAGGUUCAGUGUGGGGGAGGCAUGCUGGGGGUCCGGACGCUCUACAAGUACAAUAAUCAGACCGGCUUCCCAGACCCGACUGAAAAACACGGAGCGUUCUGCUUUAAAGCUUUUCUCCCAGAAACAACAACCAGUUCCCAAACAACUCCAGCUGUGUCUGAACCCAACAUCUCUGCAUCCAGUGUGCACCAUGCAACACCCGCAGUCCCUGAAAUGUCUGAACUUGGACAGAAGGUUCUGGACAGAACCCCAGAACCUGCUGCAAAUUCACCAACCAAGACCACCACAGCAGAUCCCAGCGUUCUUGAUUUUACCGACUAUGACUAUGACAUUAAAGUUUUUGAUCGUUUAGACUUGGUCGAGUCGCUUCCAGGUCGAGGGGAUGUGUUGCCUGAACCUCAUAUUCAGCCUUCAAAACUGGACACCCCUGAACUAGGUGAGCAAGGAGUGACUUCCAGUGGGGAGGCAUCCAGAGUUGACCCCGGCUCCAUCAGCAAUGUGGGAGGAGAAGGAACUCCAGGACACAUCCUGACAACAAGCCUGGCAGAAGACUUCACCACUAGAGCCUUUAUCUCAUCGCAGAAAGCCACUCAAAGUCCCUCACCUCUUCCGGAGAUGGCCCCAUCAACAAAGGGCCCCCCACCUUUCAGCACAGAAGUGAGUCCACUACCUGCGAUUGUGUUCAAAGACGAGCUCAGCCCUGAACCAACCACAGAAAUCGAGCUGAAACCAGACUCUGACCUUUCUGUAAGUGGAGACUCUGAAAAACCACCUCUUCAUGUCCUCAUCAUCAACCUACCGAGUGGAAACGACUCCGGGAUUGAUCCAAAAGACCAGUCUAAAGCAGUGAAAAAUGUCUUGGAUUUCCUGAACCAGCCAUCAAAUGGCUCCCAGUUUCACUUCCCACACAUCCCUGGACUCACACAGAUAUCCAGUGAGGCUGUCCUGAACAACGAAGACUCUGAACUUCUAUCGGAGAAGAUCCGCUUUGUCAAUGGAAAACAUGAGGUGACGUUCGAUCCACCACCUCCAUGGGAAGCCCGCGGUGAUCAGUUUGAGACAGCUUCUCCUGUUUAUGUGGGGGAGGUUAGUCUCGGCGACCAAGAGGAACCAACGGUGUAUACCCUAAAAUACGAUGAUUUACAGAGCCCCACAGCGGAGCCUGAAGAGGCCACUCCUUCCAUAGAUGCAGCCCAGACAACUGUUACUGUUUCAGUCAGUGAAAUCCAGACAGUCCCCAAACAGACUACUCCAUCUCAAGAGCUUGAUAAAUCAGCAGCAACCACCACUCAUCCAUCUAAGUAUUCAUCAGCAACCUCUACCACACUGCCAAUUCCAAUUCUCCUUGAUGUUUCACAGCCCGGCCUACAUGAAGACUUGGAGGACAAACGGAAAGCCACUCCUGAAAAGACUUCUGGAGAUGAGACCUUUCCCACCCCUGCUUCAAUACUAGCUGGUGUGAUAACGGAUGAGGCAGAGAUAGGAGGCACAGAGCUUCCAACUUUGACCCCAGAUAUAAAGUCCCCAAAAACAACAACUCAAGCCAGUCUAGGCGACUUUGAAGGGUCUGCAUCUGGAGAGGAGGAGGCCUCUGGGCAAGAUGUCGAUCAUGCAGAUAAACCGACCCUGGUCAACAUACCCCCAUCAAUUCACCCCAUCCUUCACACCCGACAGCCUCUGCCCCCAAAAGAUCUGAAAUUAAACGACAGAGAAGGAAAGACUACAGAUGGAACUGCAGAAACAGGCUCAGGUGAGGAGCAGGUGUCUGGAGACGGGGAGGCCUCUGGGCAAGAUGUCGAUCUUCCAGAUAAACCCAACACGCAUCCGUCAGUUCAUCCAUUCCUUCACACCCAACAGCCUCUGCCCCCUGCAGGUCUGGAAGAAAAAGGCAGAGAUGAAAAGACAACUGAUGGUGCUGCAGAAACAGGCUCAGGUGAGGAGCAGGCGUCUGGAGACGGGGAGGCCUCUGGAGAUCUGCCUCCAGUAGGCAGCACUGCUGUUUUACCAGCUGUGGCAACUCUGAAUACUGAAGUUACAACAGAAAAACAUGGUGCAUCCUCCCAAACCAGUCCCUCUGCACAUUAUUCGGUCACUUUGCCUGAAGAAAGGAAACAUGCAGCGUUCACCACCAAACCUCCACUUGUUACUUCUGAGCAUCCCAGCAGCAGCUUGUCCACCACAAGCUCCACACACAGCGCAAAGGCUAAAACCAUUUCUACAACUGCAGCCUUGACUACACCUGUUGACCAUACAAUGCCUUCCAGUCCCAAAUUAGCUGUGAUUCAUCAUCCCUCAGCUACUGUUCUCCCAGAUGAGGAAUCUGUCAGAAAUGACAGUAUGAUGGUCCCUAUACUGCUGGAGUCCCGCCCAGAGAUGCCUAUAAGGCCUGUAAAGAUUGGGAUCACAGAGCAGGCAGAGGCCAGGUCUGAUUUAAAGGCAUCUGUGGAGCCCAGCACUGUAAAUGUUGAAAACACAGAGGUGUGUGGAUUUGGCUGGCAGAAGUUUCAGUCUCACUGCUACAAGUACUUUAAACACCAGCGUACGUGGGACUCUGCUGAGAGGGAAUGUCGGAUGCAUGGAGGCCACCUGGCCAGCAUCCUGUCCCACGAGGAGCAGCUCUUUGUCAACCGUAAGUCUGCUACAGGAACACUGCAAUAUGAUAACUGGAGGCCAAACCAGCCAGACAGCUUCUUCCAGUCUGGAGAGGACUGUGUGGUGAUGAUAUGGCAUGAAGGCGGACAAUGGAACGAUGUGCCCUGCAAUUAUCACCUGACCUUCACCUGCAAAAAGGGAACAGUGGCUUGUAACCAGCCCCCUGUGGUGAAGCAUGCUGAGGUGUUUGGAGCAAAGAAAGCUCGUUAUGAGAUCAACUCCCUGGUCAGAUAUCACUGUAAAAAGGGCUUCAUCCAGAGACACACUCCAACUAUUCGCUGCGGCUCCAACGGCAGAUGGGAAACACCUAAAGUCACCUGCAUGACACCUGCAACCUACCACCAGUCAGCGAGUGCUCGGCACCGUGGCAACCAAGGAGAAGAGCAAAAGCAUGUCCAUCACAUAAACAGUCAAGAUAGGAAAAAUCCCCACAAAGAGCAGGAGCAGAGUUACAGCAUCUUUGAGCGCCUCCAGAACCAAGUUCAGCAUUUCUUCUAUCAGAAGAGACACACAAACAGCGGUCACAGCGGUCACUGAAGCUUUUUAAAUUACAAUUAUGAUGGCAACAAAUCAAUGCAGGUUUGCCUUGUUGGUCAUUUGACAUAAACAGACAACCUGCGUUGUUUUUCGCCUCGUCUGUUGAUGGUCUCAUAAGAACAAUAUGACAUUCGCCAAAAAAACCCAGAAUGGACAAAGAAGAAAUAGAAACACUUAACAUUUUAACAUUGGAACCGUGUGGUGAUUAACUAAGCUUUCAGGUCACCUACACUCUCUCUUAUUCCUUUACACUUUGGACAAAUUUGAUCAUCUUCACAAUGUAGUGAUCAAAUGAGUCCACCAGGGGCCUUACUGGACAACCUGGUAAAGUUACAAAACAGUUUCACCUCCACUUUCACCAAUUUAAAGAUAGAAGGGAGGCUAAAACACUCUUCAUGCUAAAACAUGUCACAGUCCUGCAGAAGGUUCUUUAUGAAGAUGACAUUAAUCUUUAAGAGGAGUAACUCUACUUGAAAUAAAAAAAGAAAUAAUUUGCAACCACAACAAUAAAGUAGGUGAGAAAUUUUUAUAAUAAUCAGAAAGAUUGGAACCAUUCAGACGUGUCAUUAUAACAAAGGGAAAUUAAUCACAUUUGCAAUAUAAUGGCAAAUUAACAAAAUACAAUUGUCAAAUUGCAGAUGCACACAAUUUUGGUCACAUUAAAAUGAACAAGUUUAAGAAAUCUAUUAUUUUCUCUUUCCCACUCUUUAGGUGGCUGGAAUGUGUUUAUAUCUGGUUUGCUGCUACAAAAAUGAAAGGGAAACAUCCAGCGAGCCACAGGUCUAUGCAUGCAAGUAGAAGUAAGAACUUUCCAAAAAAUUGUUACAGUAAAGUCCAACAACGAAAUCUGGACAAGCAAACUUUCAAUGAAAUGAAAAAAAAAGCUGGAGUGAUACAUCUACAUGUCUGUAAAUAGUGCAAAAUCUAAAUGAAAUCACUAAUGCAAUAUUGGUUAAAAAUCAUUGAAGUUAUGAUUUUUGGCAAAAUCCUUCAGCCCUAAUUAUGAUUACUAUAAUUAAACCUGGUUAACAUAUUUGCCAGUGGUGGACCAUAUAGUGGGUAGUUUUCAUUAAGGAUCAAGAGAACUGUUUCCCAUAAGUUGAUUUCUCAGAGGCAGCGGAACACAUAAGGAUUUGAACAAGUUGGAUUGGGCCAAAUAAAUAUGGUUAGGUGACUGUCUCUGAAACCUCUUUGGGAUGUUUUAGGACUACGAGUCUGUUUCUUGUGGUCCAAUCCAAGUUAUUCUAGUACCAAAAAACCUGUUUCAUCCCGGGAACAACUGGCAUCUAGUGGCAGUGGGAAAAACUCACUGUCCCGGGUCAAGAGACUCACCUUGGCUCUGACCGGCAUGCUGUGAGAACACCAGAACCGGGUUGACCCGCUAAAUGAUGUGAUAUCUUUGAACGCAAUAGAGCCAGUCGUGUUUGAUCCAAACAAGCCGAA